AAUAGCUUCUCGCAGUGCAGAGCUGGAGACGGCUCCGAGUCUGAAGCAAAGCCCUGAAAUGCAGGUCUCCUCUCACUGUACUGCCUGGGCACAGUCCUAGCUGCCUGCUGACCCUCUGCACAGCAGGGAACCUGUCUUUCACCAGCAAUGGCCAGGGUGCCUGAAGCGUUUUCAGAGAUAGGAGCUCCCUGGUGAAGCUGUGAACCUCCACCCCUCCCUCCUUAAUCACUCACCUGAUUUCUCCAGGAGGAACCUGAUGGCACCAUUCCUAUCUCACAGAGCUCCUCAAGUCCCCGUGGAUGCCCCACAAGGAUACUUUGCUCUUGAGAAUCAGCUUCAGCUCUGUGCAGUCUAUCCCGCGCUCUAAUGAAGUGAACAUGGCUGGAACGAUCCAAGCCCCAGAAGGCCACCAUGGCCUAGAAACCAACAUGUUCCUCCCAGAGAAUCCACAAGGGGUAGAAGACGGUAGGCCAGGAAGAAACUGCGGAUUUGAAGAUACACACGACCUGGAGACUGCUGCAUGCCCAUCUCUCCUUCCCGUGGCUCCUUGCGGCUCUCAGGUUUGUCCUUCCCGGCUCCCACAUCCUCCUAUAUGAGAUAAUAUAGAGGAGAUACCACGGUAACUCAUGUAAGUCAUUUGCAUGCCUAAGCAAACCCUGCCCUUGUUCCUUCUGUUCCGGCCUCCUAGGGUGCCUUUCCCUCCCAUCACAGCUGUUGAAAUCCUAUUCUAUAAGGCCCACAUCAGAUGUUAUCUCCUCCAUGAAGCCUUCUUGGACCCAGGCUGCCCCUCCCUGUGUCCCUCAGCCAGGUACUAGUUGUAUGUCACAACUGAGAACCACGGAGUUUCUCAAACAUGGAGGAUUUACGUUGAUUCUUCUAGGACCCUUACCAACCUAAAGAGAUCUGGACCUUAGAACGACUCAGGGGUUAAAGUAUCUGGCUCCCCAGCCAGACUCUGAAACUUUUAGGUCUGGGGUUUCUCUGUUUAGUACCAUGUAUACAGCAAGUGCUCACUAGGCGCAUGAACUUAGUUGAAUUUGUAAAGUUUAUUAAAGGAUGUGGGCAUCGUAUUUGCAUCCACGGCAAUGGGGUUUAUGACAAGAGAAGCUUCAAGGCCAUUAGGCUAAAUAAAGGGCCUGUCCUCUCUGGGGAGCCAGACAACCAAAAAGAUACUGCCGACCACCUCCCACAAGUUCCCGUGUUCAGGUCUCACCUGUAGUUCCAAAAUACAUCCCAUCUAUGGGCCAGAAAAGCCGGUUGUUAAGCCUCCGGCAAGAGCCCAGACAGGAAACUCCCAGUGAGAAUUCGGGCAAGCCAGAGGUGAGCCAACACAGGCAGAGAUAAGAAUCAUGGAGGCAGGGCAGCACAUCCUCCAAGCUGUGUAGUGGAGACUAGCAGGGGCUGGUACUCUCUCCUCACAGGCUGCCCAGGAGGCUGGUAGAGGUCACGGCCCUGGACCCUCCCUCUUCUCAGCAUGGCCAGCUGGGGCAAGCGUUUUCUUUCUUCACCCUCUAAUGUAAAGACCUGAAUUUUGGUCCUUAUAUCUUGAGAAGUUUCUGUCCACAGCUCCGGGAACAUCAAGCCAUGGUCCUGAGGCAGAGCAUCUAUUCACCUCCCAGAGGAGCAGCCAUGCAUCCAUCUGCAUGAACUGGAGAGACAGGGCUUUCCUACAUCUUGGCAGAAACAUGCCAAAAUCCCAGAAUGUUCCUUCUACCAUCCUGUGUCCAUAAUCUGGUCAUUCUGAGCAACUGGGGCUUCAGGCUGCUGACCGCAGUGACCAGAGCCCUGACUAGAUUCUGCAUUUGCAAGAUCUGAAGACCUCUGUGAUUCCUUUGGUCCUGAGACCUAGGCCCGGCAGCACAAAUGUCCACCCACUUUAACCCCUCCCUGAGCUGUCUCAGGCACUGCCCAGGGGCGGCCAGGAGGGUGGAGCUCUGAGUCAGAGUAUAAGUUCCCAAUUUUACCAUCCAGCUGGAGAGCCGCCACGAUGCUUCAGAACCAGAUGCCUGCUUGGGUUUCCCACUCCCUUCCAGAUCCAUGCCAAACAGAAGAUGGCAGGUAUUUGGCCUCCUGUGCCUUGAAGGAGGGGCUGUCUCCAUGCCAUCUGUUGACAGUGAGGGUCAUCGGCAUGAAAAAUGUCCGGCAGGCUGAUAUGCUGAGUCAGACAGACUGUUUUGUCACCCUCUGGCUGCCGACUGCCUCUCAGGAGAAGCUGAGGACCAGAACCAUCUCCAACUGCCGACACCCAGAGUGGGAUGAAAGCUUCACCUUUCAGGUCCAGACUCAAGUAAAGAAUGUACUGGAGCUGAGCGUCUGUGAUGAGGACACAGUGACACCAAACGACCAUCUCUUGACAGUUCUCUACGACCUCUCCAAGCUCUGCCUUCGGGAUAAAACCCACGUGAAGUUUCCACUCAACCCAGAGGGCAUGGAAGAACUGGAAGUCGAGUUCCUGCUCUCAGAGAAUCUCUCUUCACCAGAGAUGCUCAUCACCAAUGGCGUGCUUGUGUCCCGCCAAGUCUCUCGCUUGGAGGUCCACGCAGAGACCAGGAGGCCGAGGAAGAGGAAGAAAAAUAAAGACCUCCUGGUGAUGGUGACAGACUCCUUCGAGAAUACCCAGUGUGUCCCACCCUGCCUGGAGCCCUGCAGUGGGGAUCCGGCCUGUUUCCACUACCCUAAGUACUUCCAGCCCCAGCUGCAAGCGGAGGAGGCACCUGAGAGCUAUUGGAACUGUGGGCUUUGCUGCUGUGGAACACGCAGGAGUGGCCCUGUCUGCCAGCCCCUCGACUGCCUUUCUGAUGGCCAGGCAGUGACCCUGCCUGUGGGAGAGAACUAUGAAUUACACAUGAAGUCCAUACCUUGCCCUAACUUGCUGGAUGUGCGGCUCGGAUUCAGCCUGUGCCAGGAAGAGGUGGAGUUUCUGCAGAAACGGAGGGUGGUGGUAGCCAAGGCACUAAGUCAGGUGCUGCAACUGGAGGAGAGUCUGCGUGAGGAUGAGGUACCACUGAUAGCCGUCAUGGCCACAGGAGGUGGCACAAGAUCUAUGGUUGCCCUGUAUGGCCACCUGCUGGGACUGCAGAAGCUGAACCUUUUGGACUGUUCUACUUACAUCACCGGCUUGUCAGGUGCAACCUGGACUAUGGCUACCUUGUACAGUGAUGCUGAGUGGUCCUCCAAAAACCUGGAGUCUGCUGUCUUUGAGGCCCGGAGACAUGUUGUCAAAGACAAGAUGCCCGCCCUCUACCCGGAUCAGCUCUGCAAGUGGCAAAAGGAACUCCGCCAGCACAGCCAGGAGGGCUACAAGACCACUUUUACAGACUUCUGGGGCAAGCUGAUUGAGUACAGUCUAGGAGAUAAGAAAUAUGACUGCAAACUGUCACAGCAGCGUGCUGCUUUGUGCCGGGGGCAGAACCCUCUGCCCAUCUACCUCACCAUCAAUGUCAAGGAUGACGUAAGCAACCAGGAUUUCAGAGAAUGGUUCGAGUUCUCUCCCUACGAGGUGGGCAUGCAGAAGUAUGGGGCCUUCAUCCCUACCGAACUCUUUGGUUCCGAGUUCUUCAUGGGGCGGCUGAUGAAGAGGAUCCCUGAGCCAGAGAUGUGCUACAUGCUAGGUUUGUGGAGUAGCAUCUUCUCCCUGAACCUGCUUGACGCCUGGAAUUUGUCCCACACCUCCGAGGAGUUUUUCUACAGGUGGACAAGGGAGAAACUGCAUGACAUCGAAGAUGAUCCACUCCUGCCUGAAAUCCCCAAAUGUGAUGCUAACCCCUUGGAGACCACAGUCGUGAUCCCAGCAUCGUGGCUGUCCAACACUUUCCGAGAAAUCCUCACGCACAGGCCCCAGGUGUCUGAGUUCCACAACUUCCUGUACGGGAUGCAGCUGCACACUGACUACUUACAGAACAAACACUUCUCUAUGUGGAAAGACACAGUGCUGGACACCUUCCCAAACCAGCUGACACAGUUUACGAAACAUCUGAACCUGCUGGACACCGCGUUCUUUGUCAACUCCAGCUACGCGCCCCUCUUUAGGCCGGAGAGGAAAAUCGACCUCAUCAUCCACCUCAAUUACUGUGCGGGAUCCCAGACCAAGCCCCUGAAACAAACCUGUGAGUACUGUACCGAGCAGAACAUCCCCUUCCCCAGCUACGCCAUCCAGGAGGAUGACAAAAGUCUCAAGGAGUGCUACCUGAUGGAGAAUCCCCAGGAGCCUGAUGCCCCCAUUGUGGCUUACUUCCCACUCAUCAGUGACACCUUCCAGAAGUACAAGGCUCCAGGUGUAGAACGGAGUCCUGAGGAGCUGGAACUGGGCCAGAUGAACAUCUAUGGCCCCAAAUCUCCCUAUGCCACCAAGGAGCUGACGUACACAGAAGCCAAUUUCGACAAGUUGGUGAAGCUCUCGGAGUAUAACAUCCUCAAUAACAAAGACACGCUUAUACAGGCUAUAAGACUGGCAGUGGAGAAGAAACGCAUGAAGAGCCAGUGUCCCUCCUAGGCCUGGGGGAGCCCUGUUCAUCCUGUGUCUGCUGCUGUUGUCAGGAGCGUCCGCCCACCAAGCCUGACCUCACCCACCGCUGUCCCUGCUCUCCGGCUAGGGCUUCGGGCAGCUUGGCCUGGGCUUUGGAGUGAAACAUUACAAAAGGACAAUGAGGAGAGAAAGGAAAGGAGGGGUCUGUCAGGUUUGUAGCCCUGGAGUUUCUCUCCACUUCCCAGCCUGGAAGGUGCCAUGUGCGCAGGCUCCCACCCAGUCUCAAGUGUAGAAUGUCAAUGUGUGGCCACACCGGAGUGGCUAGUUCCCAAGAGACCUCACCCUUAGAGCUGCAGGCAGAAGUCCCCUAAGCCUCCCUCCUCCCAUGACCAGAGAAAUGCCCAGGAAGACUGAGAACUGCUCUAAGUUCCUCUGGAAAAUGCUUUGUAAAUUUAAGGUAAUUGCAUCCUUGGAAUUUGUGUUGUCAAUAGUAUUUUGUGGUUUAUUUUUAUUUUUAUAUUUUACUAUGAUGAAGAGAGUAUUAGUAGAAAGCCUGGUCUCUGCCACAAACAGGUCAAACAGAUGACCAACCCAUGUCACUGAUGCCUCUUCAGCUGCCAGAGCCCUGGGCAACUCAGCUCCAGUGAAACCAGGCCCUGCCAACAGUGCAGCAGAAACCCACAGAAUAAGGAUGUAGGAUGCUGUUCAGGGAGGCCUGGGCAGGCUGUAAGCAAGGGGCACCAGGUACCAGUCCAGGGCCUGAAGCUAUCCAGUACCGUUAGUGCUUUCAGAUCUUCCUCUGGCUUCCAGGUGGAGUUAAUCAUUUCUAAGUAUGAAUCCUCUCAUUUAUCACAGAAAAUGCCACAGCCGGUUGCUCUAAGUUCUUAUACAGUGACUCAGAGAAAAAGGCUAGGAAGGACAGCCACACAAUGGCAACUUAGGACUCUGAGAAAGACCUCAGCUUUGGAGGGGAGUCUCUGGGGGGGGACCCCUGAACACAGAGACACCCAGAUCCAGGCUUCACUAAAGGACAGAAUGGGAGCCCCUGGGGUGAGAAAAUGGAAGCUGAAGGGCAGCUAGGCAUGCGGCCUGAAUGGAGCGCAGCGUGCCUGGAGGACAAGGCCCUCUUUCUGAGCCACAUGAUCCCUCCACAGUCCUUGGUUGUUGAGAGAUUUUUGUGUGUUUGUUUUAAAUGGGCUCCUGUUUCCAUCGUUGCUAUUCAGAGCGUGGUUGGGGCCCGGCUGUAAACCCAGCCACACUGACAAGAACCUGUACUGUGAAGAGACUGGUGCCCCCCUCUCCUGCCCCCAGGUGACUCCUAUGUGAGUAACGUGGGGGAAGAAUAGAUUUACUGCACGUUUCCAUCAGCUUGGAGAGCAGGAGGCCACAGACUCCUUUGAGGUAUUGAUAAGCUAGGCUUCUUGGCCUGCAGAACUGGUCCCUACCCACGCGAUGCUGAUGUGAGUUGGAUGUCCCUCACCUCCUCUAGCCCUCCACAGGAGGAGCUGGUUGCCAUUGCUUUUCCCUCCCUCAUGCAGGGAACAGGCUCUGAAUGAUCAGAGAGAGCCGGAACAGGACCUGCACUUUGCAAGGUGAAGGCAGCCAUGCCUUGGACUUGCCAUAGCCUGUGACAUGUGUAAGAUCACUGUACCGUUUGAGCACAGAAUAAAGUGGUCAUGAGGGCGAA